AUGGUUUCUUGUACAGAAUACAGCAGUAACCUUCAAGAGGACAUUUACUCAGAGACCUCCGGACACUUCAGAGAGACCCUUAUCAAUUUGGUCCAGGGAACCAGAGAAGACGGCUAUGCAGACCCUGCCUCGGCUGCCCAGGAUGCAAUGGUCUUGUGGGAAGCCUGCCAGCGGAACACAGGGGAGCAUAAGACCAUGCUGCAGGUAGUCCUGUGCAGCAAGAGCUACCAGCAGCUGUGGCUAGUUUUCCAGGAAUUUCAAAGUAUUUCUGGACGAGACAUAGUAGAUACCAUCAGAGAAUGCUAUGAUGGAUACUUUCAGGAGCUGCUAGUUGCAAUUGUUCUUUGUUUUCGAGACAAACCGGCCUAUUUUGCUAAUAGACAACAUAGUGCAAUCCAUGACUUUGGUUUCCAUAAUAAAACCGUAAUCAGGAUUCUAAUUGCCAGAAGUGAAAUAGACUUGCUGACCAUAAGAAAACAUUACAAAGAGCAAUAUGGAAAAUCUCUAUUUCAUGAUAUCAAAAACUUUGCUUCGGGGCAUUAUGAGAAAGCACUGCUAGCUCUCUGUGCUGGGGACAUGGAAGACUACUAAAUGAAGAGGAGGGUCUGAGGGACUAUUCAGUCCUCUUCAUCAACACAUCCAAAUGGAGAUUUUAUGACAAAUUUCAGUUAUAACUAGCAGCAUAAUUAAAAUAUAGAAUCAUACUCUCUCUUUUUUGUGAAAUUAUUCCAAGCUAAAAAUAAA